GUGCUGUCGGACGAGGAGAAGAGGAAGCAGUACGAUGCGUAUGGUGAGGAGGGAUUGAAGGAUGGGCACCAGAGCUCCCAUGGAGACAUCUUCUCACACUUCUUUGGGGACUUCGGAUUCAUGUUUGGAGGUAACCCUCGCCAACAAGACAGGAACAUUCCCCGAGGAAGCGACAUCAUCGUGGACCUGGAGGUUACACUGGAAGAGGUGUAUUCGGGAAACUUCGUAGAAGUUGUCAGGAACAAGCCGGUGGCAAGACAGGCACCUGGCAAGCGGAAAUGCAAUUGCCGGCAGGAGAUGAGGACCACUCAGCUGGGUCCUGGACGUUUCCAAAUGACUCAAGAAGUUGUUUGUGAUGAAUGUCCAAAUGUCAAGCUCGUGAAUGAGGAGCGAACGCUAGAAGUGGAGAUAGAGCCAGGCGUGAGGGAUGGGAUGGAGUAUCCCUUCAUUGGUGAAGGUGAACCCCAUGUGGAUGGGGAGCCAGGUGAUUUGCGCUUCCGAAUAAAAGUUCUUAAGCACCCAGUCUUCGAAAGAAGAGGAGAUGACUUGUAUACGAACGUGACAAUCUCGCUGGUCGAGGCACUUACUGGCUUUGAAAUGGAUAUCUCCCACUUGGAUGGGCACAAGGUUCAUGUCGCUCGGGAUAAAAUUACAAAACCCGGGGCCAAACUGUGGAAGAAAGGAGAAGGUCUACCAAACUUUGAUAACAAUAAUAUCAAAGGCUCCCUAAUAAUAACAUUUGAUGUGGAGUUCCCCAAAGAGCAACUGACAAACGAACAGCGGGAAGGUCUCAAACAGCUGCUGAAACAAGGAUCGGUGCAGAAGGUGUACAACGGAUUGCAAGGAUAUUGAUGUGUGGAAAAACUGGACUUAAAAUGAAAAGUCAGAUUUAUUUGCAGUCUUUUCUCCUGCCUGCUGUAGAACGGAAGAGAGGGAGGGUGGGGCAAUUGUUGAGGUAUAUAUAAUUUUUUUUUUCUUUGUAAAUUGUGGAAGUGCUCAGACGAGUUGGGGGAAAUACUACACUUUUCAGGACAUAACUGGUGCUGCCUAUCAUGUUCCACGUCCUGGAACAACAAAGAGACUCCUUGAGCAGGAAAAAAAAAGUGGGGAAAGGAGUUUUAAAUUCCACACAGAUUGGAAUUUCUGGUUUUUAAAUAUAUUUUGAUGUGACUUUUCUUGACCAUCUCAA